AUGACAUCAUUCUUCAACGUUGGUGCCCUCGGAGGCAACCCAUUUUCGACGCCCGUUGGACAGAAAAUUGAACAAGCGACAGAUGCUAGUCUGGCCUCGGAGAACUGGGCACUAAACAUGGAAAUCUGUGAUAUGAUCAACGAAUCGUCCGACGGUGCCCGGGACGCAAUGAAAGCGAUUCGCAAGCGACUGACACAAAACGCCGGCAAGAACUAUACCGUGAUCAUGUACGCGCUGACGGUGCUGGAAACGUGCGUGAAGAACUGUGGCAAAGCGUUCCACGUGCUGGUCGCAAACAAAGAAUUUAUCCAGGAGCUGGUGAAGCUGAUCGGUCCCAAGAACGAUCCACCGCCGAUCGUGCAGGAGAAGGUGCUGAGCCUGAUUCAGAUCUGGGCCGAUGCGUUUCGCUCCCAGCCCGACCUGAACGGUGUGGUUCAGGUGUAUCAGGAACUGAAGAAUAAAGGCAUCGAAUUUCCGGCCACGGAUCUGGACGCAAUCGCACCGAUUUACACACCGCAAAGGAGUGUACCCGAUGGUGCUCCGGCAGCGGAAACGGUUAACACUCUACCGGUUUCACCACAUCAUCAUGCCUCACAGACGCCGGGAUCGCCAGCAAUGCCUCCACCGUCAUCGAUGUCGCAAGAUCAAAUCGCUAAACUGCAAUCGGAACUAGACAUUGUGGCCAUGAACAUGUCCAUUCUCGGGGAGAUGCUUACCGAGCUCAAGCCGGGCCAGGAAGAUGCAGCGGAUUACAAACUGUUAAACGAUCUAACAUCUACUUGCCGGGAAAUGCAAAGCCGAAUCGUCGAUCUAAUCGGCAAGGUGCAGCACGAUGAGCUUACGGCGGAACUGCUACGAUUGAACGACGAGCUAAACAAUCUUUUCCUCCGGCACGCCCGGUACGAGAAAAACCGUGACCCGAAGAAUGCUUCCAGUGCGACACCAUCCGCCAUCCUCGGUGCCGCUCUCGGUGCGGUCGAAAUGCGCGAUCCAUCGUUGAUCGAUCUGAGCGAGGAAACGGGCGCUAGCGGUGGUAGCGCACAUGCGAACGUCAGUUCGCAACUAGCCGGACUAAGCCUCGCUGCGGCCGGGUCAACGGCAACCGCAUCGUCACAGCUGGCCCAACUAACGAGCGUCACCGCCCAGUCCGGUUCGGCGAUGGUAGCGAAAUCGCCGAACAGAACAACCACCAAGGCUGGCAGCAACAUUCCACCGGACGUCGUAUCGGACGAGUUCGAUAUGUUUGCCCAAUCACGUAACAAUACCACCGGUGAUAAAGAACCUUCCAGAUUAGAUCUUUUGGGGGCGACUGCAGGCAACACAGCUUUGGGCACGAGGGAAUCGGAAUUUGACGAGAUUGAACAGUGGCUGGGAAAUCCGGAUGAUAUUGACCACCUCGAGGCGCAAAUGGCGGCCGCCGGAGCGAUGGGUGGUGGUGAUGGUGCCGGUACCGGUACCGGCACGGAGGAAAGCUUAACCAGCAAGGAGUUCGAAAAGUUUCUCGCCGAACGGGCGGCCGUUGCUGAAACCUUACCGACGAUCAGUAGCAACAGCAGCAGUAACAGUCCGGCAACCACCGCCAAAGAUCGCAAGAAAAAGACCGACGAAACCGAUGGUCUGCUAGCACUGUGA